GAGAAAGGGGUCUGUCUCUGGUCCCGAUCGGGCAGCGAUAGCUACAACCAAAUAAGCGCCCCUCCCAGAAAUUAUCACAGGCAAAUAUGGCGGCGUUGGGUCGGAUGGAAGAUGCUGUAAGGCCAUAUCCUUGCGAAAUGAUCUAGCAAAGUCGUUAACGUUCGCAUUUUCGCUGUUGAAAGAAACAAGUUAAAGGUCCACAUGUGGGGGACGGAGCUGAAGGAGGAGGGCCAACACAAUGCUUUGAAGUCUGACGUCACAACCAGCACUCGGGAUCCACACAUAAACAACGCAUCUUCUCUCACAACCAGCACUCGGGAUCCACACAUAAACAACGCAUCUUCUCUCACAACCAGCACUCGGGAUCCACACAUAAACAACGCAUCUUCUCUCAAAACCAACAUGCUGCUUUCCGUUCAGUGUAAAAAAGGUCACAUGCCAAGAACUAUCAACUCGGUCUACCCUGAGACAGAUGAACUACUGAAAGACAAUCAUUUGAAUGGUUCCUCAUCAGGUCAAAUGUCUGACAAGCCUCUCCUUGGUAAAUCUAAAAAUGUGCUGGGGCUUAUUGGUAAAGGCAUGCUUGCAAGGCAGGGUGACGUUAAGCCAAAUAUUGACUGGGGAUGUGAUCUGACCUCUGGAUCCGCGACUUCUGGACUUGUGUUGUCAGCACAGGGGAAUGACAACAGAGGGAUCUGGAGCGUUGAAUCCUCAAGUUUUUUAGAUAAUGAUGGUCCUAAUGUGGGGGGUAAACUGACAUCAGGCGCAUCACCCGCCCAACAUAGACGAAGAAAACGCAAAAUGGAAAUGGUUGUAAUGUCUGAUCCCUCUGAGGACGUUUACACAAUCGUAAGUCUUGAUUCCCAGACAAGUGAUGAAAGGUCCAAAGGAGAGCAAAUGAAUGGAUCAUCCCAACCCAAAAUCCCAAAUGUAAGACUGUUGGAUCAUUUUGGCAGUUUGUCCAAACCUGACACUAAGCCAGAAAAGAGUUGUUCUGCAUUACCCCCAAACGCUACAGAUGAGCGGAGGCAGAGAAACAGGGACAUGGUAUUCAGACCAGCAAUAUCUGACCAAAACAAUGGAAAUGAAACCGUGGCAGAUUUUGAUUCGGAACAUUCCGGCAGCACUUCGGAUAAUUAUGAUGAUGAUGCAAAUGACUUUAACUGGGACCCUCAGCGGGAGUUCAUCAAGUUCCUGUGGGAGGAUCUUGAUCAGGACCAAAAGAAGAAUGCAGAAGUCUCUGCCAACAUCGUUAAGAAACAGAUGGCAUCUGUUGAAAUGGGGACCGACUACUCAAAUGAUCUUUGUAUGAACUUGAUUAAAAAAACACAGAAUGGUCAAAGUGAUCAUACAGAUCAAAUUUCCAUCAGGCCUCAGGGCAAAGAUGUGGAAACCUCACAGGUGGUUAGAAGUAGACAAUAUUACAAAGAACAUGUUGAAGGUAUUCAGAAGUUUAUUUAUGGCGAACCAGAAGGGACCGAAGAGACCAGCAUAGGGCGUGAGCUCACCGUUCGUAAAGAACAGCUGUUAGAAUCUGGAAGAUCUAACGCGGAACCUUUAUUUUUCCCGUGCACAAACUGUAACAUCAUAUGUCAAGAGAGAAAUCAACUGCACCGCCACAUGAGGCAGCAUGGAGAAGCAGCCGGCCAGGCGCAGACACUACCUCUGAUAUGCAAGGAGUGUGGAUGGGCUUUUCACAAUCCGUCUGCCCUCCUCCAGCACAGGUCGAUCCACAUCGAGAGACGACGCAGAUUAAUUGAGGAAAUGAAGGAACUAAAUGAUUUGAAAGAUGUAGGGAGGAGUACCAGGCUGCAACAUGCUCUGUGCCUUUAUGAAACUAACAACCCAAAUACCCGUGCUCCGCAUACCAAGACUUCUGAAAAAGGCAAGCGUUACUGCUCUUGUGUAAAGUGUGACUUAAAGGCAGUGACUGAAUUUGAGCACAAAAGUCGCUUUUUGACGACACAUAAUGUGCACAAAACUCAAACUCUGAAUGAAGAGCCAGAUGCGUUACAUGCAAUUUGCCCCAAAGGUGUGGAGGCUGAGUCAAAUACUGUGUAUUUAAAUACUGUGUGUUUGACAGGCGCACAAAACCAACAGGCUGUAUCAAAUGAACAAGCAAGCCAUGACUACAGAUCAUAUACUCAAGAAGGGGGAACUGGCAGUGUUGCAGGUUGUUCUGAUGGCAAUGAAAGCCGUAAUAAAACUACCCUCCGUAAAAAAUGUGAAAACUCUGAAAAGGAAAGUGAACAUGACUCUCCCCAAACGUCUAAAGAAAUGUUCCAACCAACGCUAAUGGACAUUAUGGUCAGUUCAUCUCAAAGGCAAGAAGACAUUAAGGAGAUCAUAAACACCAAUGAAAAACAUGUGAACAUUAAGCAGCCCGUAAUAAAUAACUGUCCCUCAAAAGGUACGAUGAGCUCUCUGCUGCAUGGCAUGAAAGUUCAAGAUGGACCCUUACCUGCCCACCAGCACAGCCUACAAAAGGAAGAGUUGAACAAUCUAUCUGUCAGGGAUUCGCACAAUUCUGUAACUGAAAAUUUGAAGUCCAACUGCAAUGUUGGUGAAGUCUUACCAGAUUUGUAUCCCAGUAAUAACCAAGUGAGACUUAAGGAUAUCUCUUCUUUAUUUGAGGAAGACUGUGACAGAAAAGUUGUGAUGAAUCCUCAAAAGAUUUUAGAUGAAGGAAACAUAGAAGGAGGUGAUGUUUGUGUACUUAGAUCAGAGGUGCUUCUGAAAACAAAACCUCCAUCAGAAUCAGAUUUGGGGAGAAAGUCUCGUUCUUAUUGUCCAGCACUGUUUGAAACGGCAGUCAGUUUCUCCACUCAUACAAGGACACACACACAAAGGGUUGGGGUGAGUGUCAAUGCACAGCAGGUCAUUUCAUCUCCACAAGUAACAUCUCGGGAUAAGUAUCCUCAUACCCAAGGAAAGAUGACUUCAGUUCCUAGAGGAGCUAAAGAAGCUUCAGAACAGAAGGAGCGAGUGCACACCGAUUCACAGGCUGAAUCAAACUGCCCGUUAUGUGGGGUAAGGUUCGAGACGAAGACUGGACUGUCCAAUCACGUGCGGGGACAUCUUAAGAGACUGGGAAAAGCCUACUCCACAGCCACUCUUCGAUCUCCACUGGACAUCUUGAAGCAGCUGAUGAGCAAUAGAGAAGAGUUUCAUAAGACACUUCGGGCUUUUCAUAAGCGACAGAUUGCCUCUAAGACUUCUAGUAGGAAAGAUCCAUUUUUCAUAUCCGUUGCAUCCAUUACAGACAAUGCUCAGAGUUCUUGUGAAGGGUUGCCUGAGGAGGGAGCCAAAAACAAAUGGUUUGAGUCUACAGAUUCAGAAAGAUAUUCCCCUUCAAGUGAUUUGAUUGGAAUGCUGAAAAAGCGGAAGUCGCAUGAAGUGAAGAAUCCCAGUCAAACUACAAGGAAAGCUGCUCUCCCUUUUCCAUUGCCACAGACUGACUCGCUCUCAGAAAAAAGUAAUUUCAACAGAAAGGUGUGUGUACACUGUAAUGCCACAUUUCACAGUGGUGUCAGUCUGUCCAAUCAUCUCCGGGCGUAUGCAAGACGGGAGAGAGCUGCCCUGCUUGAUGGCACAACAUAUGACUGCAAACAAAAGAAACAGAGGUCUAGGUCUGGGCUCAAGAAAAAAACCUUUCCCCUACCCUACACUACUGAGGAAAUGUAUCGACUCACAUGCAGAUUCUGUGAUUUAGUGUUCCAGGGCCCUUUAUCUGUUCAAGAGGACUGGAUCAAGCACUUACAGAGACACAUCAUUAACACCAGUGUUGCACAUACCGGAGCAUGCAUGGUUGAGGUAACAUCCUUACCCAUCGACCCCAUCGGUGAAACGAGGACAGAAGCCUCACUAUUUUUGACUCAAGUAUGCACUUGAAGAUGAGACAUCAAAAACUUAAGAUCAAUAGAAACAUAGAAAUAUUUCAAUUGUCUGUUUUUAAAAAGGCGCUUAAAUGUAUUUGGUGGCGUGGAGCACAUUUCCCCAACCCAUGGUAUGGUAUACCCCACUAUAAUAUGGAAUUUAUUUUGUCAUUUGUUUCAUAUUUAUUUAGAUAAAUAUUAGAUAAAUACUGUGUUCCCAUAUUUGUCAAACUUACAGCUGAAGCAAAAUGCCCUAUUUUAACUGCAUCAAAUAAUACAUAAUGAGAGUGUUUCUCCCACUGAAGUAACUGAAGACCUCAUGGGAUGAGACCUUUGUAAAUGUAAUUGCACAAAGUCAAUUCAUAUCUGACCUGUAAAAUAAGAUAAUACCUUUUGAUUUACCCUAUAAUUACCAAUGGAGAUUGUUAAUAUAAUUACCUUCCAGAGGCCUCAGUGAUGUGUUUUUAAUUCAUAUUCUUGCUGUGACACAGGAACAUCCAAACAUCAUGUUUUCCGUCACUUUUUAGUAGCAAUGAAUUUAAAUAGUUUUAUCUGUUAUGGCCUACAUGUUUUAAAAUGAUUGCCGUAAAGUGAUGUCAACUGGUACAGCAUAUAAUCUUUGUGUAAUAAAUAUUACAUCAUUUGAUUUGA